AUGGAUAAACAUGACCGCUUUAUCGGUGAGAUUUUCGUUAGUGAGCUCGACGCUUUCACAAUUCAUCUUCUAUUUUGCCUGCGUGUUUUUUGUAUCUUCUUCUUCCAUUAUUAUUCCUAUGCUUUUUAUUUGUCUACGAAGUUUUCAGAGCUCUCACUUGUUUAUGUAGUUGUAUUGAAAACAUCUUAGACUCAGUGAUCUUUUAAUCGGCGUCUUCUUAUGGGCGCUUUUUAGGCCUCGACAACAUGAAACCUCCGUGCUAACAUAACUCUCUCUAUCGACAGCUAUCAACCAAACGCUACCCGGGUUGGAAGAAUUUCUUAAAGAGGUUCUUGGUAGCGAGCCAUUGAGUGACGAAGCGAAUAAACAACGAAUUGAAUUUCUUAGAAGAUUAGAGAGUGUAUCAAGGCCGCCAUCUUUGCCCCCGAGACCUGCAAAUUUGGGUGAAAUUUAUCGCGCUCGACUACAGAAAAACGACGGUCCUUCCGGAAGCGGCUCCCAAGAUGAAAAUAGUGUUUAUAAAAACGAGAAAACGAUAGACCCAGUCGAGUUUGCUUCACAGCAACGUGAACUAUCCAGAGCUACAACUGUCCAUAAAGCUUUGCCUCCACAAACUUUUUUGUUCGGUGAGAAAGGAAGCCGCAACGGAGGCUUGUAUAUUCAGAGGUCGGGAAAUACGAGGGUAAGAGUGAAUGUUGUUGUUGAAUACAAUGUUCUGGCGUUUCGCGUUGGAUGUGUCAUGGCAUGGCGUUGAUACAUAAGUUUGUUAUGCAGUAACCUCUCGUACGUGACUGUAUUUAUUAUUCAGAGUAAUGCUAGUCCUCCCUGCGGCAAAUUGUAGCACCGGCAUAAAAACGUGAACUAAUUCUGAAAGCACGAAGCCGACUUCUCUACUAGCGUCCUACACGUUGUGAGUCAAAUGCACAGUGCAUGGUGUGAAUAUCGUUUUUCUUUUGAUAUAAAGUGAAUUAAGAUUGAUUUGACGCACCGAGUUGAAUCGGUUCAAGGAUUGUGGAAUUUUAUUGUUGAUGAAGUUAUCGCUCGGAAAGAAAUCUAUCAUCUCUCAGUUCAAGUGAAGAUUUCAACAGCGAUAAACUGAUUGAAACUAACAUAGUCAAUCUGAUAAGAAUGCUUUUCGUCCUUUAAUUUCUGUCCGUUGUCUUUCAACACGAAUUCUAUUUAUACGGUUUAGCCAUUCAAAUAUAAUUUCGUCAUUCUUUUAACUUGAGAGAGACAAAAGCUCUUUUGUUCUGUAGGCUUUUAAAUAAACCUGCUACUGUUCAUGAAAACGACUUUUCUUUGUGUCAAAGGAAGGUUCAUCCACCCUUUAAAAUUAUAUCGUCGUUCAACUUUUGGCCACAGAAAAAUAUACAUAGAAAUGUAUGUCAUUUUUCACCUUUUUUGUUUGAGAAUAUAUGAAGUUUUACAAUAUAUGUAGAUUAUCUAGAAUGUGUCACUCUGCAUACUAAAAAGUAUGCAGAGUGGAACACUAUAUACAGAGAGUUACAAUUCGAGUUUCGGGCUCUAAACUAUCAUCCAACUUCAAUUUUUUGCAGGAACAAAACAUUAAGUAACUGCUCUGUCUUGACAUAUUUUUAUGGGAAUAGAAUAGGCUCUAAGUUGUUGUAUCCUUUUUAAAAUAAUUGCUUCAAUAUCAGUGCUCUAUUAGGACCUAAUCACUUAAAUACAUUGAAAGCAGUUAACUUUUAGUCAGUAGAAAACUAAAUCCAAAACAUAUACAUGAACUACAUUUUAAUCUGAAACUAUUUUAAUCAACUCCAGUAAUUAUUUUUGUAAAAGACAGGGUAGCAAAAUAUGUAUAUGAAAACUUUUUUUGUGUGAAUCCAAGCACAUAUCUCAGAUCAAUGUCCAUAUUUUAUGUUAAAAUUGUCAUUGUGAUCAAUAAUAUGAUCCAAAGAUUAUCUACAGCCACCAAGUUAAUGGGCUUAAAAUAUUCUUCUGGUCUUUUCUUAAAAGGGAAUGGGUCAAACCAUGUCAUGUUUAUAAAUAACACAGAUGUAUAGGGCAAAAGAAAUUGUAAAUGUUAUCCUAAGGAAAGCAAUUAAUUGCAAAAUCAAUGGAAGACAAGAGUACUGAAAAAAAUCUGCUGUCACAUCUUUCACCUUUAGAGCAUUUUGUUUACAAAUUUUUGGCUCAAGAUAAAUUUUUAUUGUGUAAAGCAAGUUUCUCCCUCUAUUCUCUUCAUUACAAAGUGAUGUAGGUUUUAUAUUCCAGAGUGUGUGAAAGUGUGAGGUACUGAUUGCAUUCUUUAGAAAUUUCUGGAAGGUUCAUGGAUAGACAGGGCUAUGCUAAUUUGAGUGAAAAGUGUGUUAUUGUGACAGUGUCACUAGACCAUGUCAUCAUCCAAGACACUUUUGAGAGCACCUUCUAAAGCUUUGAUCAGUGUUGUCAGAGCUUUCUGUCAUCUUUUGAAUUGUCAACAAGGUGUUAAUAUUGACACAAUUUUCCUUGGUCAGUUCUUUUUUGAUCUCUGACACACAAUUCCUAACUGCUGGGAAUUUUUUGAUGAUUUGGAAGUUCGCCUUAAAGGGCCAGAGCUUUAGCUUAAUGUGGAUUAUUAAGUUGAUGCGCUGUUCUUAAAAAUGUCAAAUUUGGUAUCACAGUAAAGGAAUGUCAUGUUUUGAGUGUGGUUCCAUUGUGGCAUCCCCUGACUAUGCCUUAAAAAUUUCUCUUUAAAGUAAACUGUGAAAGUGAGAAAUCUGUGGCUUUCUCCUGUUACGUCAAAUUUUUAUUGGCAUUGUUAAUAUUUCAGGCAAUCUUUUUUAUCCAAAGCAAUUAAUGGGACAUUUAACUUUUAUUAUGGCUGUCUCUCCCUUUGGCCCAAUUUUUCAAAUAGCUUCAUGCAGAUUGCAUCAUGCGCAAACAAAUUUGCGGUUUGUGUGUAUUUUUCUUUGAUCUAAGAAGCUGAUGUGUUAUUAUAUUUUGAAGUUUGGUGACUAAUUAUUUUACUUUGUGUUUUGAAAUUGAUACCCUUCUAGACAUUUUGGUGCCAAGUAAGGGUCAAUAAUUGUAUUCUGAGCAAAGAUUCAUUAAGAUGCAAGCAGAAUGAUGAAAUUACAUAAUCAAAUUAUGGUAUCCCCUCAACUAUACAAGGACAAUUGAACUCCUUAGAGUUAAAUGAAAAAUUGAUAGAAUUCUUAAAUGAAAUCAUAAUUGUUCUAAACUAAGAUCAGAAUUGUUCUUAGUAGUUGUUUAUACCAAAAACUUUAUAUCUAGCAGAUUUCUGUUAUGGUCAGUUACAAGAAAUUUCAUCCCAAAACUCAUUUCAGUUAAUUUUAUUUAUUUUAUGGUUGUAUAUAGCUCUAUACACAGAUAAAUGAAAACAAAUUAUUUUUGUAUUUUAAAUAAAUAAGCUAUCUAAGGAAAUGUACAAUAUGACUCCGUAAUACCAUGAUUUAAAGGUAAUCCAAACAACCAAAUGUUGAAGCUUACAAGUAAUUUUGAUCUCAAGCAGUCAUGAAGCAAAUCUGUGCUUUCAUUUGGUACUAAUUCCUAAAGAAUUGUACAGCAUUGAGUUUAUUUUAAACUUUGGUAUAAUUGUAUAUUGUUGUAUGCUAUACUUAGGUAUGCUUUCCCAAUACAAUUGCAAAUCUAGACAUUUGAUGGAAAAAUUGUUGCAUAACCUUGAAAGAUAUCAAUGGAAGCUAUCAAACAUCCCUUUUGUUUUUUUCCCCUUGAUGAGCAGAGGAACAAUUAGGAGCUGCACAAAAAGGCAUUUAUGACUCAAAUGAUUACAUUUUGUGAUAAACAGGACACUGACAAUACAGUUGCUACACGCUGUGGUUUGCACAAAUGGCCAGGUUUCUGGGUUGUUUUUCAAAAUUGCAGUGCCUGCUGUUGAAUUAGCACAUUUGUAAACAAUUUCCAAACAGCCAGGUUAUUCUUUGAAAUCUCUUAACAUGAGCAGAGGUAAAUAAUUUUUGAUGGCACCAAUGAAUAUUAUUUGGUUUGCAACAUAUUUUUUUCCUUUAACAAUGUUCAUUUUAAGAUAAUGGUAUAUGUAUGAUUUUGUAUGCUAUUUGUGCCAUAAGAUUUUUGCAGCUUUGAUUGUUAGUCAUUUUUAGUUGAUUCUUGGAAGGACUUCAGUCUUGUAUUAGUUUUUAAGCAAAGAUGUCCUAUCAUAUUUAUUAGAGAGCUGCUCCAAUUAAGUGGUUACAUAGGUUAAUGCUGUUUAGCCACUCACUUCAACAGAGUAGUGAGGGCUGAUUGAUUCAGUCAAAAUAUUUCCAAGAAAAACCAAUUACAUUCCAGUCAGAUUCUUCUAUACAUUUGUAUUGGUUUUGAUUCACUACCCUCAUACAUGAGCAUUGAAACCUAGGGGUAAGUUGUGCUAGACAUAAUCAUGUACACAAGGCUAAGGUGCAAAGCAAAGAACAACUAGCUUUGGGCUGAUUGUGGAUAAUUAGAUUUCUCGUCUGUUCCUUUUAGAUAUUUACCUCUGUUCUGAUAACUUCGAUUUUGAAUUUUAAGCUCAUAAUCAGGAAGUUCCUCACACAUGUUGGUCAAUAAAUAUGAACAUGAUAUUUGCAGUGAUGUUGGUCAAUUUGUUUCACUCUCACAAACUGACCACAGAGAGAGGAUCUUGAAACAAUAGUCUUAACUUAGUACUUUCUAAUGCAAUGCUCUUCCCUCAAAUAAGUUACACGGUACCUAGCUUAGAAUCUUUUCUUAAAAGUUCAACAAAAUACUCAAAGACAGAGACUACUUGUGUUGCAGACAAUAGCUUGUUGCAGUGAGGCUUAUUCAGUCCAAAGCACUGUUUUGUAAACCCUUUUAUCUGUAAGAGUAAUUAGUGUCAAAUUAUACCUUACAGUAUCACUUCUGAAUCAUAAAUUAUAUUCAUAGGAAUAGAAGAAAUCAUUACUUACAUGUCCUUAAUAAGCUCUUGAUUGUUAAGCAAAUUCUCCUUGUCAGCACCUUAGUAAAUGUAUAGAGAAACAGUAUAGAGAAUAAGCAUGCUGAUGUUGGGGUUUAAAGGUUUAAACACACUUUUUUAAAAAAAAAUAGACAUUCUCUCUUCAUUUACACUUUGUCUUCCUGUCAAUUUACAUCAUAAUAGAUCAAUCAGACUCCCUCUUUGCAGUUGUCUGAUUUUGUUUAUCACCUUUAUUACUUAGAGUCAGCUGUUGUUCAUGUUAGCUGCAGAUGCUUGCUCUCCACUAUAGGGUAAUUAAUUCAAGUUUUUUCAUUACAGGAUGUGCGAGACUCUAUCAUAAGUACAAGCAGUAAUGAAGAUGACAUCUAUGAACAUCUUAGUCUAAAGAGCAUCUCUCCUGUUGAGUCUUCGAAAGGACAGGAGGGUGAAGCAAGUUCUAAAACUGAAGACUCUUUUGUCUUUCCCAGUCCCCCUAAGACUCCCCAAGAGCAUACAUCAAGUAUCUAUUUACCAGCUCGCACAGGAAGUUUGAGGGGAUCUGGAGGCAAGGGGAAACUCUCCACAGUAUGGUAAGUACAGCAAUAUGUCAAGUUAAUAUCAGUAAGUUUGUUCCCUUCCCAGUUUGCUGCAUGCCUAACAGAAAUUCCAAGAGACCAAAAGAUUUAGAGGAAUGCUGUAAAAUGUCUUUGGUCAGCAAAAGGCUUUUCCAAUCUUCCUACUACACUUUGGUACCAUUUCGUUGCUUCUAUUUCAAACUUUUUUGGUUUAUUUUAAUGGGAGAUGUGAGCGAUGGUGGCAGCCAUAUAACUGGCGUGCUUGACUUAAAAUUACAAGAAUGAAGUUCAUGUCCAAGCCAGGCUUAUUAAAGUUUUAAAGUUUUAAAGUUUUAAAGUUUUAAUUGUUAAAAUCUCCUCUUGUUUCUUUCAGGUUUAAGAAAGAAACCAAAUUGAAUGAAGAAGUGUAUGUAUCAACCCUACGAGAACCUGUUAUUCAAGGUUACCUGAAAGAUGUCAAGGCGAACAAAAGACGCUGGUGUGUAUUACAGGGUAAUCGCUUACACAUCUUCAAGAAUCAAGAGGAUCCUGCUAUCAUGAUACUGUGUCUGCCUGAAUGCGAAAUAGGAGUUGAUGACAAGAAGAAGAUCAGUUACAGUUUUCGACUUACUCCAUCUGAUGGGCCUGGGGUGACAUUAGCCAUUGAGGAUGGCCAGGACCUAUCUCCAUGGAUGAGUGCGAUAAUGGCAGCAGCUGUACGGCGCAGCAGUCUCGGCAGGCCCAUUAGUCCUCUAGAGGGUUUAUUUAGCUUAGAGGAAGCAAGAGAACGGAUGCGUUCUGCUGAAAUAGAUGGUGGAAUAGAGGAGGAAGAAGAGGAAGAAUUGGAAGACAUUUAUGAAAAACCAGUAGACUUCAAUGUGGUAAGUGUUCUCUUUGCUCAUUAGUCUCACUAGCAGCUGUUGUUUGAUGAGGUCAUGCAACCUGUUCUUUCCCCCACCAAUGGCUGCAUUGGUUGAUAAUGAAGGUGCAGUAUGUUUUCAAAAACCCAAUACCCUCCCAGGAAAUUAUGACCUGUUCCUUUGUUGUAAGAUGUAGUUUACCAUCAAUUGGUGACAUGUACGUGAGCAGUGUUAUCCCUUUCAGGCAGCAACCAGUAAAAUUUUUCAUCUUUAGUACCUCUUAUUACUGCCUAAAAUUGCAUGGGCUUCUUGAAAAUUCAACAAGUAAAAGAAUUGCUCUAAAAGUUUGAAAACUUCUUUUACCUGUCCUGCUUAUGAAAAGGAAGAACACUGCAUGUACUGUAAGUUUUUUUAAAGCCAGUGUUUAUAUUUUAUGACCUAUUCAUUGAUAGCUAACUGUGAUUGAAUUUCUUUUUUGUCGCAGGUAAUGUUUUGCAAUCCUUUUACAUUGCUCUUUUUUGUUUUCCCACCAGAGCGGGAUGCCUUUCGUUCACAGUACCCCAGAAACAAUAGAAUUCAAGGAAGAUGAAGGUGAAGGCUAUGAUGCCCCCCUUCCUCCAAUCCCUAUUGGGGAUGAUUCCUCAUCAGAAAGCAGCUCAGAUGAAGACGAAAGUGCAGAGAGCAAAGGAUCAUCUAAAAAAGCUGAAGAAAAGAAGAAAAUUUAUGAUGCAAUUCCUCCUGAUUUGUUGGCAGAACUCUCAGCUGGACAGCGUAAACGCAGUGAAACAAACAAAAGCCAGGAUUCGAUUUGUGAAGAUGGGUCAACAAAUGACCAUUCGAUGGAUUUCACAGACAGUCAUAGUGAACACAGUGGAAAUAUUAGUAAUAGACACAGCUACAUUGAGCCUAUAGCAUGCGAUGAUGUUGUGAGCUCUGAACCAAAAGAGGAGGAAACAACCGAAACAUAUUCACGAAAACGAACCUCCACAGUGCUCAGUGCAAGCAUGGAGUCAAUAGGCUCUGAUGCAGAAGAAACUACAACUGUCUCUGUUAUGUCACAGACAACUGAAACUAACAAAGGUUUAGGUCCCAAGGUGAAAAGGAGAAGAAAGCUUGUGCCAGCUGAAGCAGAGCAGAAGUUUCUUCAAGAUCCUGAUGCCAUGCAUAGUGGGAUUUUGUAUCAGAAGCGCAGGCUGGGCGUCUGGUCAAAACGCUACUGCAAGAUUAUUGACAAUAGAUUCAAGUGUUACCGGUGAGUUACAAAUCAAGCAGAAAGCUCUCACACUUUAGUGUAAUAAGCUGUACCAGAAUUGUGUAAAGAUCACUGUGGUGAAAGUGUGACAGCAUAUUAUGUUGUCCAUUUUACGUUUAUCCUUUACAGUCUACUGCUGUGGUCAAUUUAUUUUAGUAUUCCCCUAAGUUUAACUGCUCUCAACCCAGCAUUCCAUAAGAGUGUGAUUAUGGAUGAUGAACCUUAGUUUUUGGAGUCAAAGAGUACUCAAGACGUGUUUCCCAAUGACAAAGAAUGGGAAAUAAUUGUCCAUUCUUCAACAUAAUACCUCUUUUCCCCUUAUACAGUCACAGAAAACAGAGCUCAACAAUGUUUAGGGGUAAAUUCAAUCAAAGUGAGGGAACAGGGAAAAUAUAUUUUGUGUUGGCAGUAUAUUCCAGUCUUUACCCUUUAACUCCCAGGAUCUGAUUGUUAGUUUUCUCCUUUAGCUGCCGCACAUUUCCUCGUGAAUUAAUCACAAGAAUUUGGUGUUGGAUCAAGGCAAAAACUUAUACCUAUUAAUUUUGAGUAUUCUGGUUACCAGUUUGCUUGAUAAUAUAUGGGUAUUGUAGGGAAAGUCAAAGGUUAAUGAUUUCUGGGAAUUAAAGGGCUAAAGGAAUUGUAGCGACUCUUAAUAUCAGUUCAUUACAGUGUCUGCCAUACAUAUUUGACAGUUUUAGUCCCAAGAGUUUGAUGUGAUAUCAAACAGUUUACAUCAGUUGAUAUUUUCCUUUCUUCCUAUCACCUUUUUGCUUGAAAAUAUAUCGAUAUAAUGGGAAAAAAAUUCGUUUUUGAGUGAUAUGGAUACGCAAUGUGAUAUGUGAUAUACGAGUUUCGUACUGAUUAUGUUUGUGCCAUUUCUUCUCAGCAAUCCAGAUGACCAGAAAGCAAGCUUAAAUUUUCCAAUCCUCGGUUAUGAUAUAAGUCUGAUUGACAAUAAGGAAUCAAAGAAGAGUUACUGCAUCAAAAUCUCUCAUCCGAGCCAGGAUACACAUUACUUUGCCACAGAUUCACGGGUAUCAAUUGAACGGUGGAUUGAGGUUCUGUCUCUAGCGGCCACGGCAAGGCCAGAUGUAAUCGCACCAUAUCCACCUUACUUUUGUGCUGACCAGUCUGGAGAUGAAUUACAAAGCAUGUCAAGGGAGUCCUUACUAAGUAGUGAGGUGAGACAGUGAAUUUGAUGAAAGUAGUAUUGCCUUGUCAGUACAAUACUCGCAUGUUGUGUGUGGGAGUCUUUAUCGCAAAUCAAGUCUUCUGAACGAGCCUUGUGACCUACGCUGUCAGAUCUUCUCCCAUAUUCCACAGCGUGAAAUGACUACUAGUACAGCUUAUUCAAACUCCCUAGGAAUGAAUUGCUAGUCCAUCACAGAUCACUCUCCCUCCCACCCAUCCACCAGUAUUUCGUCAGGUUUCCCUGACAAUUUCCCGUACCUGUUUCUCCUCCUGAGUGGACAGUAGCUUUGUGAGAAAAAAAAGUGUCUUGCCCAAAACAGGCACAUACAGGGGUUCGAGCCUGGUACUUUUUGUCUGGAGGCCAGCUAUUUAGUUACAAGGACGAACGAAGUUAACGAUAUGACCAAAACAUCGGUCUAACUCGGUUGCUUUUAAACAAAAUCUUAGAUGCAUCAUGCGCGUAAAGUCUCAAGGGGAAACUGUGAUGUGCAUUAGCCAGUCAAGGUCAACGUUUUUUUAUUAUUAUUUAAACAAAAAUGGUGUACGACCCCAAGUCAUUGAGUUUGUCGCGUAAUCUGAUGAUUAUUAACUUUGUUAUCUGCUAUCAGGGGAGGCUCUCUGAUGAUGACGGUGCAGAUACUCAAGAGGAAUUGGAUGCCUCUUCAGAAAAAGGAAGCAGUAUCGGCAGAAUCAAAGCAAAGAACAGAUUUCCCGAUGAAGAGAGUAGGACAACACCGCCAAACGAUCGAAGGUUUGUUCACUUGUGCCAGUUAAAAGAUUGUUAGCGCUGUUCCAGUUUUGAUUAUCUUCUAUAAACGCAUGAGACCAGCUGCAUGCGAAGUUGAAAACAAUACGAUUUUAUCAAUUUUCUUAAGAUAUUAAUUUAGUGUAAGCCAAGUUGAUUGUGUGUUAAAAAGAGGGAAAAUGACAUCAGUUUUUGAACAGUCACGGACCAACUUAUUUAACUUUCAGAAACGUCGAGUCUGUCCAAAGUCAGCCUGAUAACCAGGAAAGCGGAGUCAAACAGUCUCCAGAGCCCGAGGUGAAAGAGAGAGCGCACAAGAAGAGGAAAGAGAAGCCAAAGGAAGGAACAAGUAAGAGAGAUAAAUUGUUAUGCUUUUCAGGCAGCGCACCAGUGUAUCACGUUAAGACGCGAUAAAGGUACAAUGUACAUAGAGUUGCGUGGCUUGGACAUGUAGGAGGAGAGUUGUCUAGAAAUGCUCUUACGUGCCUGUACUUUGGAUCAAUGCUCUAUUGUUGUUCUAAACUGGUCAUCUUUCAGCAGUUAAUCAUGGUUUUACCAACGAAAUGAUCUAUUAUGUGGUACGUGGUACAAUUUCUCAUGAGUGAAGUAAAUCUCAUACCCCAAAUGUUUUGAAACCCAUCGCUAAUUUAUGAAGUAAAACCACGUGGCGAUUUUUGCUAUUCCUGUGUGAAUCUUAUUUGGUUGACGUGCUUUAUCUGCUAUUUUGUUGUGAACAGGGUAAAUGUAAAUCAGCGAGCAUUGCCAGCGGUAAUGUUAUGGUUUUACAAAUGUUGUAACUGUCAUUUCAGAGACCCCUUCGACCAUGAGCCCUCCUCACAGCAUGUUUAUUAGUGAGUCCAUUGAUGGCCAAGCUAAAGCCGAACCAAUGAAUGAAGAAUACGUUUCUCUUGCCAAAGAGAGUGCUAAGGUGAGAUGAUUUACUCGAGCAAUAAAUGCUGCUGCUUGUUGUAUAUGUCCGCAUGUAAAAUUGUUUACCGCCGUACGAUCAAAUGCACGUUUGGGUGUUAGCCUCUGUGAGGUUGAGACACGUGACACUCUUUCGAAGUUCGGAAUGAUGAAUAUGCUCAAGGUUACCGCGUUGUUACUGUUGGCAAGAGGAGACUGCGCUGGUUUUUCUUCACCAUUUUAUUCGAUUGUCAAACAAACCUCACGCCGCUAUCUCAAGCAAUCAGAUGCAAAAGUAAAAUCAGUCGCAGAUUUCCAUCUCCUUAGUCCCUUUGCGUUUAUUCAAUCUUCUCUCUCAUUUCCCCCUGGUAACAUUUCCUUUUGUUCUGUUGUGCCUCUCCAACUAAGCUGGGCACAGCCUGAUUCUCAAGGUCGUGUGCUUCUGUUAAUCGACAUGCUAGGGUGAGAAAAUGGUUGUCUUAAAACCUCACGUUCUCUCUUUUUUUUUCUCUUCAUGAUAGGAUGGCAGCGAGGAUUCUUCCCCCAAAAAAGACAGGCGGUGGACAGGCAAUCUGAAAAAGAAAUCAGUAGCACGAGGCAACUCUUAUGAUUACAGAUUACGAGGAAACGUCUCUACGUUUACUCACACGGAGAACGUUAAAAACAAAAGCCUGAGCAUGAGGCGGAAGAAUUCACAAACAUUUGCCCAUUUAAUGGCUUUGUUCGACAAAGAGGGUCGCUUCUGUGGGUAUCUUACCGAAGUUAGGCAGAAUAAGUUAGGGACGACACAUUUACGAAGAUGGUGUGUUGUCAAGAACGGAGUGUUGAUUCUUUUCAAUAGCGAAAACGAAGAUACACCGGAAGGAAAACUUUCAUUAGUGGAUAUGUGGUUGACUAAUAAGAGUGACGAGAGUAGAAAAAAGUUUAGUUUUACUCUAGAGGACAAAGAUGGCAAAGAAACAACCUUGCAAACGACAGUCAAAGAAGAUUUUCAGAAGUGGAUGGGAGUGCUAGAGUUAUUUACCGAGCUUCGUGUUGAAAGACCGCAACCAGAAGUUGCCGAGCCUCACAAGAAAACUGACGCUGUGGCUGCUGAGGAAGGAGAGGGAUUCUUUGAACGGGGAUCAUUGCUAACAAAAAGCGCUCGUGCUGCCACCAAACUGAAGGAUGAAAUUUACUCUUUGGCGCCGGGAAAGGUCAGGUCGUCACUGAGGAUGAAAUUGUCACAAAAAGUAAAUGUGAGAGACAUUUUUCGAAAGACGCACACAUACGACUUGGAUAGUAUAUCAAGUGAAGGAUCUUCCCUCCCAGAACCCGAUAUAGAUACUUUGGCUGUGUUUGGUGGACUCUUAACACAAGUCGAGCCAGAUGGCUCCACAAAUUCACGAUGGUGCACCAUCAAAGAGAAAGAACUCUUAAUUUUUACGGACCGUAAGGCGCCUGACUCUCUUUACCAAAUACCACUUUGGAUGGCCACUUUCAGAGAUUUGAGCGAUACUGAAAGUUGUCCAAACAGAUUUCAAGUUCGCUAUGGUAGCGAAAGCUUUGUUUUCGACGCGUGUGAUAAGUUUGAUCAUAACAGAUGGCUCAAAAUGCUGGUCUCCUCGGUCGAGCGUCGGAACUCAAGCGACGACGAAGACAGACCGAAGUGCGUCGGUCGAUUAACUUCGCCGACAUUCGCAAAGAAGAAACUUUUGCAUCGGCGAACUCGCAGUGAGAUGUUGUCACAAGGAGACGAAACGCCUCCAUCGACGCCGUUGAAAGAAGGAUCUUUAAGUUCUACGAGUUCCACUGAUAGACUAAUGAGUGGAUAUCUUCAAGAAAUACGUGACACCAAAGGUGCUCGUACCCACAUUCGCCGGUGGUGCAUAGCUACCAGCGAGAAAUUUCUUGUGUACGAUAACCAAAACUCAUCAAAAGCUUCUUUUGAGUGGGAGCUGUCUAAAAUGACGGUUCAGGAUCUCAGCGACAUGGAUAUGGGUGUCUUUGAAUUUUGCGUCUCGCAUGGCGAGAAAAAGCUUAGUUUCAAAGUCAUUGAUGAGGACUCCGCGAGGCACUGGUUGAGUGUGUUAGCGCGCUAUUGUCACCCUAUAGCGGCAAAUCAACCGCUGUUUAAGACUCCAUCAAAAGUGAAAAGCAAAGAAGAACGUAGGCGAUCUGCGAGUUGGAACGAUCUGAAAUUAAAACAAGCCGAGAAGGAAAAGAACGCUCUCGAAGUGUUAAGCGAAGGAAGGGCGAGUGGGCGAAAGCUCACACGAAGAGCAACCGAAGAUUAUUCGUUCUUUCGUAUGUUUAACCGCUCAGAGUCGUUUAAAGCACCGUGGCGCGCGUCCCAAGAAAAACUGGAGGUAAAAAUGAGGGAACGAUCAGGGAGGAUUGCCGCUAACAGAGCCUGGAAAAGAUUCUCGUGCGGCACCCUGUUUGACAGUGAUGGUAAAUACAGCGGCCAUUUGAUGGAGGUUAUCAUGCGCAACUUGUAUAGCAGUCAAGUGCGAAGGUGGUGUGUGCAGAAAGACGACCAUUUAUACGUGUACGAAAACGAAGCUGCGCUCGACCCCGUCAAGGUGAUUCCUUUAUUUAAAGCCAAGGUUGUGGAUACCAGUGAUAUUGAAGCUUGCGUUUACAGGUUUAGAAUCGAUUUUGACGAGACAAACUGUGCGAUUUUUCAAGCGCUGACCCGCACAGAUCUCGAGAAGUGGACAACAGUUAUCUCUGUUAAAAUCGCCGUUCUUCAGGACCGGAGCGAACGUCACCUCCGACGGAGCGCUUCUUUGAGUUCAGAAAGGACCGUAGAUACAGUGGGUGAGUUAGUAAAAAACAACUUGGACAAGUUUGUGUUUAACAAGCCUUUAUAUUUCUUUCACUGUCAAAAAGAGAGGGAAUAAGUUGGUUCUAACUGAGCUCAAACAGGAAACUAAACUGCAAGUUGAGUGCCAAUUAGGGGUGAUCAGUAGAAUACUUCGGAGCCUUAUGUGGGGAUCAAGUAAAUUUUUUUUGUGACAUAAGCAAAUCCCUCCGCCUUCCUCUCCCCCCCCCCGCCCUUUUUUUUCAGGCGACUGAUAGAGACCAGUCCCUCAGUUGUUCUGUGUGUUUUCUUUCCGUUUAGUCGUUUUCCACAUGUCAUUCGUUAAUCCGAUUUUAAUUUUAUUAAUUUUAUUAUUGCUAUAUCUUACAGGUUUCAGCGGAAGCGAGUUUUCGUCACCACAACUCAGACCCUCCCUGUCCCCGACAGGAGACUCUUUGUCUCUCACUGAAACUUUCUCGAUUUGCUCAGCUGAUAGUGUCUUUGCUUCAGCGAUUGACACCGUGACCAGUGUAGAAGGGGAAUCAGCCACGUCUAGUUCAUCAGGAUCAGCACCAAUUGAUUCGAACAACGAGACCGUGGUGAGUUCGAUGAAAGAUGAGCCGUCAGCCAGUGAUCAGGAGGUAACGGACGCUGGUUCGUCGCCAACUGAAGGAAUGGCUUCAGAGAUUGAGACUUUGGAAGGCACUCGCAAAAACGUUGACAAUAUGUCUCUUAUUGAAGACUUGAGUCAUAUUUACGAGAAUUUCUUGGCGUUUGCUUCCGCCGUGGCCGAAAGCAAUCCUGAAGAGCUUUACCACGUGUAUGAGAAUGUCACGCAAGCUCUUCACCCUGGUUCUCAGCUGGCUGCCCAAAGUGAUGGCGGUGUUGGUGAUAAUUUAACUAGUAAUGAAAGCAACGAAAUAAAUGAAGUAGAAAGCCCUGACAUGGAAAUGUCAUCGGAAUUCGAGAAAAUUACUCUGCAGGAAAAUGAAGAUGGUGUGUUAUUGAAUAGGUCUUCGGGUAUAUGUGAUGACGCUAACCCGGAUAAACAUAUGGAGGAUGUUAACCAAAAGGAACAAGAUGCUGCUAAGACUGUAGAAAAUGACAAGACGUCAAAAGUCGAUGGAGAAAUUUUGGUAGCUUCCGUCAAUAGUGGUGGUGUUGAUGAAGAUCUUGUCAAGAGUAGCCAACCUGUUAUCGGGGAGAGUCAGGAUCUCAUAGUAACGAGCAGGAAAGAGGAAAGUGCAGAGUUUGGAGGGCAUGUGGGGGACACGAACUGGAUCAAAACUGAGGACUUUGGGGAGGCAAGUGAUAACGAAUUACCAUCAGAGUCAUUGGGCAGCGUUGCCACAAGUAAUUCAACUCUCCAACCUGAAGAUAAGGAAUUACCAUCAGAGUCGUUGGGCAGCGUUGUCGCUAGUCAUUCAACUCUCCAGCCUCAAGAGAAUGAAUUACCAGCAGAGUCGUUGGGCAACGUUGUAACAAGUCGUUUAACUGUCCAAGCUGAAGCUGCUGAUGAAAAAUUAAUUCAAGAGAGAAGUGCGGUGGACAUGCAGCCAUCUCUGGUCCAUGCUGAUCGUUUGAGUGACACUAAAACGGGCGAUAGCUCGUUUUAUGUUGUCGAGGAGGGGGAUGACCAGUUUUGGAGAGAAAUGGAGGAUAAGGAGGUCAGUGAGCCAGUGAUAGCCACAAGUGAAGAAGGCAGUACUGUUCAGGUUUCGCUCGAGAGUAACGAAGACCAGUCGGAAAAGGGUAGUUUCGUUUUGGAUGUAGAGAAGUCUGCUUUUAGCGAAGGGGAUGAAGACAGGACCACGGACGUCACACCUCACGAUCCCCAAAAUAUUCACAACGAUUACUCCAACAGCAACAUUUGUACUGAAGCAGAGGUCUCCCUAGAGAAUGAUCUUGGUUUAGCUCAAGGGAAAACUCAGGGCUCUCACGAAGAAACUGGACUUGGGGAGGAUGAGAAAAAAAUGUUUUUGGAACGUGAAGCCCAGGUAGUGCCUGAAUCAACAGGUUCAGAUUCAGAGACUGGAGAGUUGAGCGGCUCUACUUAUACCACCAGUACAGUGGCUAAACAUAGCAAUAUUUUACAUGAUACAACACCAGAGGAAAUCGCUCUUAACAGUUCAAGUCAACUUAAUGUACGAGUUCCUGGUCAAGAAUCAGAGGUUAUUCACACAUUUGGCGCUGCUGACACUGGUGAAGAUCACGCGAAGGAAUUGUUGGAAGUUUCUUGUGAAGAUGCUGAGAAAUUACAGUCUCUUAACACUGAACUUUCUUCCGACGAUCUGCCAGCCAGUGAACAUGCGGGAGAUAAUUCGUGGCUCCAACAAGAUGGCGAACAAUCUCAGGAAACUGUGGACGAAGGCAUAGAGUUGGAAAGAUAUUCUUCGGAUGAAGGAUUCUACACACCAGAAGAUACCGUAGACCUCUCAGUAAGAAGUGAUAGUGUGGCAGGGGUAGACAGGGAAACGAACCCUCCCAAUGACGACACGCAAAAUAGCGAUCCUGAACCGAGCUGUGUAGAAAGCGAAACGAGUUUAGCUCCGAAGACCGAGGAAGUUCUUCAAUCAAAGUCCUCCACAGCACAAGGCGUUGAUGAACUACAACAUGAAGUAGGCCAUGACAGCCUGUCUGAGGCGAAGGAUUUCCAAAACGAUGGCGUGAAUAACUCAAGCUGGGAGGAUAAACAACAGCUAACAAACAGUCAAAUGGACAUUCUGAAAGCCGUAACAGCUGCAUUUGAAGAGAUUCUUGAGCUUCAUGGCGAAGAGAGUGAUGCAGAUGACACCAGACUGUGAUUCAAGGGUAUAUAGAUUUAACUCGCCUAUACCCUCUCUCCCAAAAGAAAGGGGGAAAAUGAUAUGAUUGAAUUAUCCUGAAUUAUCCAUGUAGCAAACGAGCAGUAGACCGAACCAAUACGCUUGACCACUUGAAUCGAAAAAUUAAGCCUGUCACCGGAAAUAUCGUGCAGUCAAACAUGAUAUUUUCGUAAUUUUGAGUCCCAUUAGCUUAAACACCAAGACAGUUGGUUUUGAACGAUGUACGCUAAAAAAAACCUUUGUACACGCAGAGCACUCUUGUUAGAGCGACUUUGAAUGGCUCACGAUUGGCUCCCUUUUCUCAAUCAUUUGAAAUUUCGUAAACUUUCACAUCGCUUUCGCACCUGGUCAUUUGCUCGAUUGGCACAUGGUUGGGGGUGACCAUGUCUGUGCGAUAGACGCCUUUGACUCGAAACGAAAAACCACACUUGUUACAGGGAUUCCCCUUUUCACUCUGUGUAGUUGACACUUUUUCGCGAAUUCCCGAAAUUAGAUGCAAUACUUUUCCUCAUCUUCAUGAGUUUAGGAUGCGGUUACUUGUUACAUCUUGCCAUUCCAACGUAGUAUUAAUACAUCCUUUAAGUAUAGUCGAAUACGUUCGAAUAGGCGUGGCCUUCUGAAGGAAAAAAAAACAUUUCUGCAUUCGAGACAAAUUUUUGCUCAUCUACCAGACGGUGUUUGUUCGCCUUAGAUCAUUAUUUCCAUCUCUAAGGGUUUUGGCUUAGGUUUCGUGGUACCUUUUUAAGCUCGGUGAAAAUCUUCAUGACGUCACUCCCUUUUGUAACUUAACUUGUAGUGGAAAUUUGUUGCCCUUUUUGUUCCACCUGUGAAGACGAUGAACCUUCAACUUCUCAAAAGAGAUGCAAUUAGUUUGAUGUUGGAGUCAGGCUAGUAGGUUAUGUUACGUGAGCUACACGAAUUGUUCCUGAAGGUGUUUUGCAAAAGUGAAUGGUUAGGAGUUAUUAGAAUCUUAGGGAUAACUCUGAUCUUGGCGAAUGUCUCGUUGGCCAGGCUCUCUUUUUCGUUCCGGCCAAUGUGAAGGCUAGUUCACCUGACUACCACUAGACUACGUUAGUAAUUAAUGAAUAAGCAAGGACAAUAUCUAGAGAACAUCAGGCAUAAAACAUGUAGUCACAGUAAUUACGUAUAAUAAGCGAGUAGUUUCUUUUUCUUUCAGAGUAAUUUUCAAUUGAUUGUCGAACGUUAUCCGGGGCUGCAUUUUUUUUAAUUACCUUUACUCUGAGAUUGGUCCAAAAAACUUGCGCUAUCCUCCCAGCCAAUUAGAUUCAAAACUAAAAAAACAAUCGCGUCUUGUUCAUUCGCGUUUUCCCGCGCUUCAAGCAGUUUGCUUAUUUUCACUUUGAGCUCUCAUUGGCUUAUGAUAAUAUAUACGUUUGUUCUGAUUGGUCGCUGUAAUUACUUUGGUAUUGUUUUUUUUUCGACACUCAACUGAAAACUGUUCAUGUAGGAUGUAGCAACAUCAAAUUGUCGUGCCACUCGAUCAAAGCCCUGAUGCAAUUAUUAAAUCUAUCGCUUUGAAAAUGAUUAAUUUAAUAAAUAUAAAAAUUGAUUAAUAACUUUUCAAAAUCAGAAUUAUUGAAAUAACAGUUAAUUGUUAGGAGAAAUCCCUGUCAUGUGACAGGGUUAACCGUUCAAUCACGCAAUUCGAUGAGUGUUUGAAUUUAAUUUAAAUUGUAGGUUAGUUUAUUUAAAUUCUAAAGGGAGAUGUGCAAUGUUGUCAUGUCCACGUGUUGUAAAAGUAUUUUAAAGCUCAUCAUUGGCAUCUACGUUCGUUAAAGAAUUUAAAUUUUCUCGUUGGCUAUGUUUCAAAUUUAUACAUCUUAGGAAAGAUGACUAUGUUCACUUCUCUCAAGGUGUAACUAUUGUCCAUCAGGUAUUUGGACAGCAGUUAUUCAUCUAACAACCUCUCUAUGUCUUCAGAUCAAGCUGCUGGUGUAUUAUAUGCUGUACAGUUGAAAUAAUUUGAUAGGAACCAAUGUCUGACAUGUAUGUAUGUCUUCGAGAGACAAUAAAAGAGGAAGAAAACAG